AUGUCCGACGAGUCAAAGGGCAAGAGCUUCCCCGAUGUCUCCGCAAAACUAUCGGCGCUUCCGAAGAAAUCGCUGUUUGAGCGUCAAAGGGCUGAGGCCGAAGCAAAGCGCAUUCGAGAACAAGCCGAAAAUGCUGCCGCACUAGAGGAUUUUGUCAAAUCAUUUGACGAUGAGGCACCGGUUGGGCCCCCGCCCUCUGGUGGACGACCCAGCACACAUGGAGGCAGGGGUGGUGGACUGGGAGCGCCUUCCAAACGGCACUUCACAGGGCCUCCAUCACGAAACAGCGGUCCAGGCACAUUAGGUCCCCCGCCUCCCUCACUCUCCCGCAAACGUCCCCACGACGGCUUCUUCCCCACCUCACACCGCGAUCAACCCAACCCCCAAAACGCGAACAUCCCUCCUGGAAUGAGUUCAGCAUUUGGCGAUUCCGGUGCUGACCGGGCAGCCGAGGAGGCAGAGAGAGCCGCAGCGAAGCCCACUUUGUACCUGGGGUCACUUCCACCUGGGACCUCUCCUUCAGCGAUCAAAGCCUUGAUCCCUCCCGUUCUGACUGUCGAUGAUGUUAAGAUUGUACAGCCCCCUCUUCUGUCCGAAACUCAAAAACAGUCCUCUGCCGCGAUCGUGAUUCUUGCCAGCGACACAGCCGCCUCUGAUAUUGACUCUACCGUGAGCACCCUCCAGAACCGGUACCUUGGCCGAGGCUACUACCUAAACCUCGCCCGGCACCUCUCCUCUGCCGCCAUUUCUUCUAAUAUGCCUUUGCCGGUGGGCCUUUCAUCCACUCCUUCUCUUCCGUUUGGCGCCAAAAUUGUUCAACCUAACAUUGGCGGAGGCCUAAGUCGCGCUCCCCCACCUGGAUUACACCACGGGGGCUUUGCACCACCCGCUUCCUACGGACCCAAUGCGGGCAAGGCCGCGCCAACUUCGGUAGUACAGGUGAAAAUACCUUCGGAUAUAAACCAACUGAGGCUCAUUCACUUGACGCUCGAGCACCUGUUGAACCAUGGCCCGGAGUUUGAAGCUUUGUUAAUGAGCCGACCAGACGUUGAAAAGGAGGAAAAGUGGGCCUGGCUCUGGGAUGCAAGGUCAACCGGGGGUGUGUACUACCGCUGGAAGCUAUGGCAAAUCAUAACAAACCCUCGGUGCGACAAGCGCAAGGCCCGUCAGCCAGCAAUACUAUUUGAAGGUGGUCCAACCUGGCUGCCCCCGGAAAACGACCUCAAGUUCGAGUUCGUCACUAAGCUUGAAGAACUUGUGUUGGAUGAAGAUUACAAUUCCUCUGACGAAGAAGACUCGGAUAGAGAAGAUGAACGUCAAAAUCGUGGCGGUGCACCCCCAGAGGGGAAUGACGGACAAGACGGUAGCUGUGGCUUCCUGAACCCUCUCAGGAAGGCCAAGUUGACUCACCUUCUUGCACGACUCCCGACUCACCAUGCAUCACUUCGACGAGGUGAUGUCGCACGCGUAACUGCAUUUGCGAUGGAGCACGUUGAACGGGGCGCAGAAGAGGUUGUGCAAUUGAUUGUGUUGAAUGUUCUUCGUCCCCUAGCGUACACCAGUGCCAACCCCGACUAUGAAAUCGGACAGAACUCUACUCAGUUAAGGGAAUCGUCCGAUAUGGCUGCCAAGGAGAUGGGGAAUACAGCCUCGAAGAAAACUUUCGAUCCAUCCGGCUCAAAGCUAGUCGGUCUCUAUGUCAUUUCCGAUAUCCUGUCUGCGGCAAGUAACAGUGGCGUGCGACACUCCUGGCGAUACCGACAUCUGUUUGAGAAUGCAUUCCGCAAAUACAAUGUCUUUGAACACCUGGGUCGACUUGACAAGGACCUCAGUUGGGGACGGAUGAAGGCACAGAAGUGGAAGGAUAGUGUCGGAUGGCUUCUCCAGCGGUGGGAGGGCAUGAACUGUUUCACUCAACCAAACCAGGAACAUUUUACCCAGGUACUCGAAAAGCCACCUCUCACGAAGGCCGAGGCGCAUCAAGAGCAAGAGAAGGCCGAUGCAGAGAAGUCUGCCGCGGCGUUCGCCAAGAGCAAGAAUCGAUGGAAAACAGUUGACGAAGAUGGAUCGGCUGGACAGUCUGACAUCCCUUACCCUGAUGGCAAAUCUGCACCCGCCCAGCCCAAUCACCCCGAUGACGAAUCGCUGAGCGACAUUGACGGAGUCCUCAUGGCAGACAGUGACCAUGAAAUGGAACCCGACGAAGAAAUGACUCUGGAUAAAGCACAGCUGCCCGCGGAUCAUGAAGAUACCCAUGCCCAACCCACCCCAGCCAAUCCAGCUGUUCCAUCAUCCGAUAAACUUGAAGGUUCAGCUGGGCAGCAGACCCCAGAAACACGUCGACGCAAGCCGCGGCCCAAAGCGGAGGACAUGUUUGCAUCCGAUUCGGAAUGA